GUGUGUGUGUGAGUGUGCUUGUGUGUCUCUCUUGCAGAUGGUGACAAACAUUUGCAGAAGAUGGCUAGAGAGCAGCCGAAGAGAAAGGUGAGCCUAGCGGCAGUGCUGGGCUGUUCUGCUCUUCUAGGCUUGCUAGUCUGCUGUAUCCUGCUGCUUUCACAGUCCUUUCAGAUGCAGGAGGUACAAAGGGAGUUGGUGAAGCUAAGAGAACAAAUUGAGUCCAAUAGGAGGCCGUUACAGGCAGCCAGUCGGGAAGAACAUACAUCUCAACCAUGCAUGGUCACUUGUAGCCCUCCACCUCUAGGAGAUGAAGACACAUUUCUAGGGAAAACUACAUUUCGAGCAAGGAGGCAGUCGGGAAAAGAUGGACGGGGACCUUCAGGAAGGAGACGAUCUGUAGUUCAUCUUGUCCCGUUGUCCACACAAACAAACGAAGACCUGGACCUUACCGAAAUCGAGUGGAAAAUCGGCAUCAAGCAAGGGGGAGCCUUUGAAGUGAACCGCACAACGCUUACCAUUAAAGACAGUGGACUGUAUUACGUAUACAGUCAGGUCUUGUACAGAGAUAUGACCUUUGUCAUGGGUCACGUCAUAAUGAAGAGAACAGUUGGAGACCAAACCAGCAAUGAAGUCACACUUCUGAAAUGUAUACAGAGCAUGCCCAGUACGAAAGAGCAAGCUUUCAAUACUUGUUACAGUGCAGGGAUGUACUUCUUAGAGAAAGGGUCUGUACUCCAGCUUUCUGUUCCUCGCUUUAAUGCUGGCAUUGCUCUUGAGGAUCACUCUACCUUCAUGGGACUGAUAAAGCUUUAGCUGGAAAAAGCAGCAACACCUCAUAGAGCUUUAAUCUAAAGCUGCUUGGACAUGCUGAUUGGACAAAAAUCUAGGAAACAGCAAUAAAAAAACAACACUGAGUUUCAUGGCGUAAGUGUUUCCCUUUUGAACAACACCGUUAAAAGAAAUCUCUGAAAGUUCAGUCAGCUGCACCUCGGCUACACUGUAGGCCAAAAUUCUUGGCUAGCUGCCUCACACCUUCUGCACUCAACCUUUACUUAUAAAAUCAGAACUGAAACUCAUAGACGUGCUGGAUGAUGGAUUUAUCCUCAGGGAAUCUGAUGCAUUUUAGAAUUAAUGGCAUUAAAGUGCUUGUUGUCAUUUUUAUUUUUUUCUCUCAAUUUAGAAAAAAUUCAAAAAUUAUCAUUUGAAUAAAAAAACCCUUGUUUAUGAAGUGAAGACCAGAUUGAGAAAUGUACUGUUUAUGUACAUGUUCAAGUCUAAUCAAGUCAAGUGGCUUUAUUGUUUUACAUAUGCAAGCAAGAUGUUUCUGCCAUGUACUCUGCCAUGUACUGUACAGUCCAAGGUCUGGCAAGACAAAGACAAAUUUCCAUCUUCUUCACCCUUCUCCACAUUUUUUUGCUCUUGUUGGAAUUAUAAGUCUACUUAUAUGGACCUACAGCUUGGAUGGGGUGCCACACCAAAAUGUCAACGCUGAACCCAAGAAUAUUAAAAGAAAACUUCUUUAAUUAACCAAAAGACAAACUUACAAACUCUGCGAAGGCUGUAACAUAUCCCAGUCUGAAAUCUAAGUACAGUGAGACUUCGUCACUGAAACAUGCACUAUGCUGACCAAGAUUUGCAGAGAGUUUACUUACUAUGCCUGGCCCUUAUCUGAUUAAAACACUCAGGGCAAACUUUAUGUGGUUAAAUAUUUUGCUGGUUGCCGUUUACACUAAAGUCAAACAUUUUGCAGUCUUGAACUGCUCUUCUUCUUGAAUACAUGAGUGAAAUCAAGACCCUGGAAUGGAUAUCUAAAACUGUUAUAACUCAGAUAAUGAAGAUCUCUGUCCCUGAUUAGUCUCACUUUAUCAUUUUGUUGCAUUCUUUGCCUCCAGUAUCAGUUUUUCAUUUACUUACCACAAUGCACCGAUGACUACAUUGAUGCUGUUUCAUUCUUUCACAUCACUAAGCCAGUCUCUAAUAAGUCAAAAGUGCAGUUCUCCCACUUGUCAAUGCAGGCACAGUACCACCUGUGCUCAAAAGCAGUACCAGGAAGUCAAAGUAAUAAAUCAGCACUUAAACUCAGUAACUAAAAUUCAGGGAAUCUAAUUUAAAAAAUCACACUUUUAGCUGAAAAAUAAUUUAUAGGAAAAAUGCACCCAAUAAUGAGAAUCAGAAAACUAGACAGUUUUUAUGUGAGGAAUUGCCAUCUGAACUUGUACUAUGUAAACCAGGGAACUGUGGCAAGAAACUGGAAAACAGAAUCUUAAUCUGAAGACUUUGGAAUAAAAAUAAAAAAUCUGCUACAUCUA